UUUCCCUGUGGCCGCCGCUCAGCUGGGGGCGGGAGGAAGAGGGGCCGGACUGGGGCCUGACGAGCCGCCGCUGCCGCCACCGUCUUCGCGGCUGCUAUGACCAGCGGGCGAGGCGCCCUCCGCAGCUCCGCGCAGCGCUAGUCGCGGCCGUGCGCCAGCCGUAGCUGUCUGUCCCCAGCGCAGCCGCUCCCGCGGCUCCCUCGGCUCUUCUCGCGCCGCCUGCGAGGCGAGGCGGAGGCAGGAUGAAGAUGACGGUGGAUUUCGAAGAGUGUCUGAAGGACUCGCCCCGCUUCAGGGCUGCUUUGGAAGAAGUAGAAGGAGAUGUGGCAGAAUUGGAACUAAAACUUGAUAAGCUUGUGAAACUUUGUAUCGCAAUGAUUGAUACUGGAAAGGCCUUUUGUGUUGCAAAUAAACAAUUCAUGAAUGGGAUUCGAGACCUGGCACAAUAUUCUAGUAAUGAUGCUGUAGUUGAGACAAGUUUAACCAAGUUUUCUGACAGUCUUCAAGAAAUGAUAAAUUUUCACACAAUCCUAUUUGACCAAACUCAGAGAUCAAUUAAAGCACAGCUUCAGAACUUUGUUAAAGAAGAUCUUAGAAAAUUCAAAGAUGCCAAGAAGCAAUUUGAAAAAGUCAGUGAAGAAAAAGAAAAUGCAUUAGUAAAAAAUGCUCAAGUACAAAGAAACAAACAGCACGAAGUUGAGGAAGCCACAAACAUUUUGACAGCAACAAGAAAAUGUUUUCGACAUAUAGCCCUCGACUACGUACUUCAGAUUAAUGUCCUUCAAUCAAAACGAAGAUCAGAAAUCCUAAAAUCGAUGUUAUCUUUUAUGUAUGCCCAUUUGGCCUUCUUCCAUCAAGGAUAUGAUCUAUUCAGUGAACUUGGGCCCUACAUGAAGGAUCUUGGUGCACAGUUGGAUCGACUGGUUGUAGAUGCAGCAAAGGAGAAAAGAGAGAUGGAGCAAAAACAUUCCACCAUUCAACAAAAGGAUUUCUCCAGUGAUGAUUCUAAGUUAGAAUAUAAUGUAGAUGCUGCAAAUGGCAUUGUUAUGGAAGGAUAUUUGUUCAAACGAGCCAGCAAUGCCUUCAAAACUUGGAACAGACGCUGGUUUUCAAUACAGAACAAUCAGCUGGUAUACCAGAAAAAGUUUAAGGAUAACCCCACCGUGGUAGUGGAAGAUCUAAGGCUGUGCACAGUGAAACACUGUGAAGACAUAGAACGACGUUUCUGCUUUGAGGUAGUCUCUCCAACAAAAAGUUGUAUGCUUCAGGCAGAUUCUGAAAAACUGCGCCAGGCAUGGAUUAAGGCUGUUCAGACCAGUAUUGCUACUGCUUAUAGAGAGAAGGGUGAUGAAUCAGAGAAGCUGGAUAAGAAAUCAUCUCCAUCCACAGGAAGCCUGGAUUCUGGAAAUGAGUCAAAAGAUAAAUCGUUGAAAGGAGAAAGUGCACUGCAGCGAGUCCAGUGUAUCCCUGGCAAUGCCAGCUGUUGUGACUGUGGUCUGGCGGACCCACGGUGGGCCAGCAUCAACCUGGGCAUCACCCUGUGUAUCGAGUGUUCUGGGAUUCACCGGAGUCUUGGAGUUCAUUUUUCAAAAGUACGAUCUUUAACUUUAGAUACCUGGGAGCCUGAACUUUUGAAGCUUAUGUGUGAAUUGGGAAAUGAUGUUAUAAACCGAGUUUAUGAAGCUAAAGUGGAAAAAAUGGGAAUAAAGAAACCACAACCAGGACAAAGACAGGAGAAAGAGACAUAUAUCAAAGCAAAAUAUGUGGAGAGGAAAUUUGUGGAUAAAUAUUCUAUAUCAUCAUCACCUCCUGAGCAGGAAAAAAGGAUUGUCUCCAAAAGUUGCGAAGAAAAGAGGCUGAGCAUUUCUAAACUUGGGCCAGGUGACCAAGUCAGAGUACCUCCCCCAAGUUCAGUUAAAAGUAAUGAUAGUGGAAUCCAGCAGAUUUCUGAUGAUGGAAGAGAAUCUUUACCCUCGACAGUGUCUGCCAAUAGUUUAUAUGAGACUGAAGGAGAAAGGCAAGAUUCUUCUGUGUUUCUCGACUCUAAACAUCUUAAUCCGGGACUCCAGCUUUAUAGGGCUUCAUAUGAAAAAAAUCUUCCUAAAAUGGCUGAGGCUUUGGCUCAUGGUGCAGAUGUGAACUGGGCUAAUUCAGAGGAAAAUAAAGCAACACCACUUAUUCAGGCUGUUUUAGGGGGUUCUUUGGUGACAUGCGAGUUUCUUCUACAGAAUGGUGCUAAUGUGAACCAAAGAGAUGUGCAAGGGCGGGGCCCACUGCACCAUGCCACUGUCUUGGGGCACACAGGGCAGGUAUGUUUAUUCCUAAAACGAGGUGCCAAUCAACAUGCCACUGAUGAAGAAGGGAAAGACCCUUUGACUAUAGCUGUGGAAGCAGCCAAUGCUGAUAUAGUGACCUUGUUACGUUUAGCAAGAAUGAAUGAAGAGAUGCGGGAAUCAGAAGGACUUUAUGGACAGCCAGGUGAUGAAACCUACCAGGAUAUUUUUCGUGAUUUUUCCCAAAUGGCAUCCAAUAAUCCAGAGAAACUAAAUCGUUUCCAACAAGAUUCACAGAAAUUCUGA